AUGGAGGACGCAUCGCCCACGGCGAGCGUCCCUUCGACCGGCCCGCACUCCGGCCCAGACAUCGGCGUGGCGUGCAGACAGAUCACAGCGAUCGUUGAGGAGCAAGCUGCAGACUCGAAAGCCUUAGCCGUCGGCCCGGAGCGGGAUGCCCUUGUCAGGAUGGGACCCAAUAUCUUGCCGCAGGUCGUCAACAAGCUCAGAGACAGAUGGAACCAGUUCGGGUGCCAGCUUGUCGACCCCAAGAACAUCGAGAUCGAGCAGUACUAUGUCCUGAAGCUGCACGCCGAGGCGGCGCGCCACGUGUCGCACUCGGACGCCUUCACGUCGGGCCCGGCGUACGCCGAGCUGGUUAAGCUCGGCCAGCCCGCCGUACCGCUUGCAAUGCUCGCCUACGCGCGCGGCCAGAGCGGCUGGUGGCACGAGCUGCUCUUCGAGAUCGUCCACGGCCGCAGAAGCGGCCAGCACUGCUUCAACAAGCCGAUGCUGUACAGGGAGUGGGUCGACUGGUUCUAG